CCUGGCCAAGCUGUUUUAAGUCUUAAUGACUAGUACAGAUUAUAUGUUUCCACUAACCCUUGGCCUACAUUUAAGUGGGAAUACAUCAGAUGUGGAUAUCUGGAACUUUCUAGGCCCCUGUCUCUGAAUUCCUGGUUCCUGGACUAAAGAGCCCGCUAGUUGGUGCCUGAUAUCCACACAGCAAAAAUGUUUGCAAAACUAAAGAAGAAAAUUGCAGAAGAGACAGCUGUUGCCCAGAGGCCUGGAGGUGCGGCUCGGAUCCCAAGGUCGGUGAGCAAGGAAUCGGUUGCCUCUGUGGGAGCUGACUCAGGAGAUGACUUUGCUUCCGAUGGAAGCAGCUCCAGAGAAGACCUUUCAUCCCAGCUUUUGAGAAGGAAUGAACAGAUACGGAAAUUAGAAGCCAGGCUUUCUGACUAUGCUGAACAGGUCCGAAACUUGCAGAAGAUAAAAGAGAAGCUUGAAAUUGCAUUAGAAAAACACCAGGAUUCUUCCAUGCGGAAAUUUCAAGAGCAGAAUGAGAUAUUCCAAGCCAACAAGGCCAAAAUGGCAGAAGGACUGACUUUGGCACUAGCCAGAAAGGACCAGGAAUGGUCAGAAAAGGUGGAUCAACUUGAAAAGGAGAAAAGAUUCCUGACAGCUCAGUUACAGGAAAUGCAAAGCCAGAGUUUGAAUCUUUUCCAAAGGAGAGAUGAAAUGGAUGAAUUAGAAGGAUUCCAGCAGCAAGAACUAAGUAAAGUCAAGCAUAUGCUCUUAAAAAAAGAAGUAUCUCUGGGGAAAAUGGAACAAGAGUUGGAGGCAAGAAUCAGAGAACUUAGCCACACCCAGGAGGAGCUGGUGAUGUCCAAUCAACAGACUUUAGACUUACGCCAAAAGCUUGAAGAGUUGCAGAGACUAUGCUCAACGCUGGAAGAACAGAGAGACCACAUGACAGCUUCAAACUCAGGUGCGGAAAGUACAAUCACAGCUCUGAAGCAAAAGGAACAAGAGCUCCAAGCGUUUGUUCAGCAGCUUUCCACCGAUUUGCAAAAGAUCACUGAUGAAGCCCGGGAGAAAGAACAGCUCAUCACCCAUUUGCAGGAGAAGGUCGCAUGUUUGGAGAAAAGACUGGAGCAGAACUUGUCAGGGGAAGAGCACCUGCAGGAGCUCCUGAGAGAGAAAUCCGUUGCUGAGCAGAAUCUGGAAGAUACCAGACAGCAGCUCUUGGCAGCCAGAAACAGCCAGGCCCGGACCAUCGAGCUCCUGGAAACGAGGGUGAAGGAACUGGAGCAGAGCUUGCAAGUAUCUGAGGAGAAGCUGAAGCAGAGCAGUAACCUGGUCGUGGCGCAAGAAGUUCAGAUCCUAGAACUGGCCAGCGCCCACCAGGAGAGGAGCCACGCACAGCAGCAGGUCCUGGCCCUGGAGCAGCAGUGCAGAGAACGCACCCAGGCACUGGAGACCCAGCUUGCAGCCCUGGAGCAAGCACGGGAGACUGAACGGACAGCUGCCCAGCAGGGCAUGAGAGAGUUGGAGCAAGAAAAUACAGCGCUGAGAGAAAGUAAGAACGAAUAUGAGCUUUCUUUACACCAGCACCAACUUGAACUAACGACGCUGAAGGAAGAAUGGAGCCAGAAGGAACGGGUGAACAUGGCUGUGGCCCAAGCCCUGGAUGAGGUGCAGAAGCAGCGGGAAAAGCUCCAGGAGCAGGUGGCUCACCUGACGGCUGCUGUCAGUGAGAAGGAGCAGAGUCUGCAGGAGAAGACAGAAGCAGCGCUCAGGACGGAACAGGAGCUCCUGCAGCUGCAGCAAGGUCACGACGAAGCCCUGCUGCAGAUGCGCAGGCUACAGGAUGAGCUGGAGGCCUUGCAGAGCCUUCGGGCGGAGGAGGCCCAGGACGACCUGCUGGGGCUACCAGCUCAGGAGCAGGGGGUGGCACCGCAGGUGACCUCAGAGGCCCUGCAGGACCCCGGGGACCAACUCCCAGCAGCAGGAAUACCCAACGGCGAGCUGGGUGACACAGACCUCAGGCAGCUCCAGCAGGAGAAGUGGGACUUGGAGCAACAGCUCCGGGAGAAGAACAAGACCAUAAAACAGAUGCAACAGAGGAUGCUGGAACUCCGGAAGACGCUGCAGAAGGAGCUGAAAAUUCGACCUGACAACGAGCUCUUUGAAGUCCGGGAGAAGCCGAGCGCCGAGUUGCCCAGCCUGGCCCCCGCAGUGACCGGUGCCGCUGACCUGACCGACGCUCGGGAGAUCAACUUCGAGUACCUGAAGCACGUGGUUUUAAAGUUCAUGUCCUGUCGCGAAUCCGAGGCCUUCCAGCUUAUAAAAGCUGUGUCAGUGUUGCUGAACUUCUCACAGGAGGAAGAGAACAUGCUCAAGGAGACUUUGGAGUACAAGAUGUCCUGGUUCGGGUCCAAGCCGGCUCCCAAGGGCAGUGUUCGGCCAUCCAUCUCCAGCCCUCGGAUCCCGUGGUCCUAGGGGAGCCAGCCCAGGAAGGGGCUCCCUGGACACUUUCUGUUGGAAGAACACUAACACAGCAGGCAGGGUGGGUUUUUAUCACUGAAGCUGCAGUAUUUUGUACAAGCGUCUAAACAUUGUUUACAAGACCUGAGGCCCCUUCCCUGUAGGCUGUUAAGACACUUCAGGCGGUAGUGGGUCUCCUGUGUCAUUCUAAUCACCUUGUGGGGACCUGCCACACCGCUCAUUUCCACAAUGCUGUUAAGAUUCCAGCACUGGCCAAGGCCCCUCACACCCAAGUCCACUGAUCUUACGUUGGCAAUUAAAGCAUUAAAGCGGAAGCCAUCAGCAGCUGUCAGAGGAGCCACAGCCCUGCUGCCAGCUACUGUGAAGCUGGGCGUGACCCAACAGCCUUGGGAAGGGAGCGCAGCAGCCAGACCUGCUGAGGCCACGAAGGACCUGCUUGACGCAGGCUGCUUUUCUGAUCCCUCCCCAGGAGCAUGCUUGGCUUCUGCUGAGGUAGAAGAGGCUUCUUAACUUUUCCUAUCAAGAAAAUAGUCUUUGACCUUUACUUCCCCAACCACCGAGACCUUCGGUAUUGUCCAUCUCGCUGGUACUCUGGGACCAGCCUGGACUCCUGAAUAUGCAAUUCCCUGACAGAAGCCCAUUUUAUGGAAGAAAAGUAGAUGUGUAAAAACUCUAAUGGUACCAAAUACACUCAAAUGCCUUUUUACUGAAUGUCCUUGUCUUGGAUAGGUUGCUGGUAAACCAUUUUAAACUAUUUUUUUAUAGCUGAAGUUGUUCACUAUUAUAAAUGUCUUCUGUAUUAUAAAAUUAACUGGUUUUCUUAAAGGAAAUUCAGAGCAUCAAGAGGAAAUAUUUUCUGGGAUGGGGAUGCCAGUGCCCUUUGUAAUUUUGCUGAACUCUGUGGUUUUUCAUUUGCUUUGCUCUUGAUUCUGUGUUUUAACCUGGAGAAAUGCCAAUCACACCUGCUGUUCAGAAGAGUGCUGUCCUUCCCCCUAGCCUUGACCAAGACAUUAGGUGCACUCUCCCUUGAACAUGGAGCUUCAACCUCAAUAUACUUCCAAUGACACGAGGCCGGAGCAGUGGCACAAGCGGUAGGGCAUUUGCCUUGCACGUACUAACCUAGGACGGACCUCAGUUCGAUCCCCCGGCUUCCCUGUAUACAUAUAUGGGUCCAGCUGCAGAAAGUGGGAUUAUGAAGCCAAAUGUCUGUUCAUUAUGAGGGGAAAUGAAUGUGCUUGCCCUGGAUAAGUCAUCGUUUCAAACCUAAAGGGAAACCAUUUUAUUUAUAUUUAUACGUUUCAUGGUUAAAUAAGAAACGGAGUUAAUAGCUAGAGCUCCUAAAUGUAUUGUCAGUUACCCCAUGACAUAAGUGAUAUAUCUCAGUUAUGCUUAGGGCUCAAACAUCAGUGACCUACCUCCUCCCACGGUCCCUCCCUGCAGCUUUGUCUGCGUUUAGAACACUAGUUUUCGUUUCCUCAUGGGUUCGUGUUCUUUGGACAGUAAGGUGUCUUCUGAACAGUUCUGUUCUUUGGACAGUAAGGUGGACUUUUAUAAAUCAGGACUUCCGCCUUCCAGGACAGACCCGAAGAGCUUCAGAAUUCAGAGCUUGGCAAAGGCACAGCAACAUAGCACAGCUCCAGCCACCGCCUUUGUGGCCACUGAGCUGGUUUCAGACACUCCUACGGCCCCCACUAAGACUUACUUGCUUAGGGAGGAGUCAUGCUGAUUAGGCUUUCUUCCUGCAUGGUGAAUUUCCUUCAGCUUUAAGAGGAAGCGUGGAAUAAAUAUUUGAAGUAAUUGAAUGCACUUUUACUUGUAUAAAGCAUUUUGUGGCGGUAUAUAACUUCCCACGGCGUCUGACCUUGAUUUCCCAGUUGUACAUAGAAAUGUACUAUCUAUAUCUACUGUAGAAACUCAUUUGUGGUGCAAUAACUUUUUGAUUAAAGCUCUUCAAUCCAGA